AUGCUGCAUGCGACAAAUCGUAAAGACGGACAGAUAAUGUUGCACAAUAGUGGACAUGGGAAAUGGCAGAAGAUGAGUGAUUAUAGUGAUGAUGUGGAAACGGCUAAGCAUAGUACUAUUAUGAUGGCUAAGCCGACCAGCGGUUUUUCCAAAAACACAGAAUUCGUAAGGCGAUUAGCUAUUCCGGAUAAGCUGAUGUGUGCGCUGUUUCAGAGAAGACAAUUUAAAUCGUAG